UUUAGCGCCAAAACGCUCCAUACAUGUCAGUGUAAGUUCAAAUAUUCAACCAAAAGAUUCGAGGAAAGGAUCAAAGGAAUGAGUUCAAAUCAUCCAUCGAUUAGGGUUCGUGGACAACUAUCAAUUCCGUCUACGUUCAUCCAUCGAACUUCCACUGAAGAUGAUCAGUCGGGUGAUUCUAGAGGAAAAAUGAAGGAUGGACAACAAAGCAAGAAGCGUCCGAAGAUUUCAUUAUCGGCAUUUCUUGACCGAAAACUGCAGAAAACAUCUGACUCGUCGAAAUUAGUCCAGGGUAAAGAGAGACCAUUUUUCACAGUAGGUGGUGCUAAUGACUCUCUUGAUAAAGCAAAUCUUGACCAAAAAACAGAGGGACCAGAGUUGAAUGAAGAAUCCCAGAUCCAAGAUUUGACAAAAAGCAGAAACGCAUUUGGAGGCUUGCUUGGAAAACCACCUGCUCCAAAGGGUUUAGUUGUUCUGGGAGGCGACCCAAAUCCCAAGCAAAUAAAACAUCGGAAACCCUUCAUCAGAAACAAGAAACCGUUGCCUCAUUAUAAUCACUAUGCAGGUGGGAGUGGGUGGUGGGACAGUGAUAUGGAAGGAAUUGACAAUGAAGCAGUGGGAUUUAAUGAAGUGUGGGAGGGUGUGGGGUCUACCACUUUGGGUGGACUUGACUGGCAUUAAUCCAACAAUCAUUCCCUGAUUCCCAUUCCCAUUGUCACUGGAAUUGGAUUCCAUUCAGUUUAAUAGUGGUCUGAAUCCCUAAAACUUGUAUAAUUGUGUAAACAUCAUAUCAUAUGUAUAAACAAACAUCUUAAUACUGGUUUGACUAAU